AUGACAAGUAACCCUACCACAUCACAAAACCCUACGCCCAAGUCAUACUCAAAAGUUGUCUCCCAACACAGCGAAAAACAUCCUAACAAAGAACAAGCAAUAGUUUUCAGCACUAUAGAGGGAGCUAAACUACAAGACUAUCUUCUGAAAUUAGGUCCACUGGUAGAGCCCAAAAACAUUAUAUUUUGCUCAAGGAUCUCGAACAACAGAAUAUGUGUUUACCUCUCAAGUAAAAGUUUGGUUGACCAGUUCAUACAACAGCAUGGAGAAUUAACCGUAAAUGGAGAAAUAAUAAAAGUUCGUCGCCUAGUUACCCCCUCUGAUAGACUGGUAAUAUCGAACGUUUGUCCGACCAUCCCGCAUGCAGUUCUAAACGACGCGCUGCAAAAAUUGCAUUUAAAGCUUUUAUCUCCAAUUUCAUUCCUCAGAAUUGGAGCCACUCUAGCGGAGUACAGUCACAUUUUGAGUUUUAGGAGGCAAGUUUACAUAGCACCUUCAGAGAAUACGGAUAUCCCAGAAUCCAUAGAGAUAACGCACAACGAUCUGACCUAUCGUAUAUUUCUUACUUUAGACAGUCAAAAGUGCUACAAAUGUAAACUUAUUGGACAUAUUGCUUCACAGUGUCCAUCGAUCCAGAUUUCGCAGACUUCCACAGAAUCAGAGACCCUCAACGAUGAACUGUCAAACCCAUCCGAAAAUCAAGUAGUAUCAGAUAUAACUACAGAAGAUUCCACCACAGCCCACAUACAUCUGCCCAAAGAAAAUACCAAAUCAAUUACGAACAAAAACAGCCACCAACAUCCUCAAAACACUAACACAAACAUCAUUAGCCUGCACGGCGAAGGAACACCGAAUAAUGACGAAUUAAUAACUCCAAGCGUAUCCUCCAAAAGGAGCUUCUCAGAAAUACUAACACCAACGGAAGACACAGGUGCACCUCAAAGCUAUCAAAAGAGACCUACACUGGACAGAAUGUUCGCUUCGACGUCACAAAGAAAUGAUGAUGGUUUGCGGGCGUCUUACAAUAUCUCGUUACUUAUAGCAAAAUCCGGAAAACCGCAUACUAUCGGAGAGAAGUUAAUUUUGCCAGCCGUUGAAGAGGUUUUAAAAACUGUUUUACACAAACCUGCAUCUGAUAUCAUUAAAAGAAUUCCCUUAAGCAACAAUACUGUUGAAAGACGUAUUGAUGAUAUGAGUUCUGAUAUUGAAAGCUUAUGUAAUUAUUUGCAAACGACCCAUUUCUCUAAACAACUGGACGAGUCAACUUUACCUGAUAAUGCAGCAUUAUUAUUGGCAUAUGUUCGUUUUAUUAUGAAUCAAGAAAUCUACGAAGAACUGCUCUUCGCAAGAACUUUGAUAACCGACACUAAAGAUUUUGAAUCUAGGUUUGAGGAUAUUUUGACUAUGGUAAUACCACCGUGGAUAAUUAAUCCAUAUGGUGACAUAGAAGAAACAAAUAUGAUAAUAUGUACAAGAGGAACUGACUGA